GUUUACUUCUAUUAUAUAAAUAUAAGAUUUAAAAUUGGUUAUAUAGUUUAUAGAAAACAAAACUAAGGGGUGAAUGGGAUGAGAUGUUGGUAUAGUUUGUUUGAUUCGCUACUCUCCAACAUUUGGCGAAUCGAGCAUAGCUUAUAUUAUAUAUAAACUCGUCGGGUUAUAGUACCCUUUACCGCUGUUAGCUUAACUGGAUGAUAGAUUUAACUUUUUUAGUGCCGGGCGAAAUAGAGGUGCCUAUGCGAAAAAAAACCGGCCGAAUUUGGGUUUGGAAAAAUGCUUGUAAAAACCAAACGAGAAACAAUAUUUACAUCAAAUAUUCGUAUUGUGGAUGAAAUACAGAACUAAACAAUGACACUAAUUUUUUCAAAUUCAUUUGAAAAUUAUAGAAAAAACAAAGGUAUAAACGAUUGUAAAUGAAAUGAAUUUGAGAUAUCUUGUAGAAAACGUAUUUGCACACACAAACAGUCAUCUUUUUAUCAUAAUUGUGUAUGGGUCAAUUAUUAUAAAGUAUAUACUUUGUAUUUCCAAUAUAUAUUUUGUAACAAGAUAAAUAAUAAUACAUAACAAAAGCAAAACAUAACUUGAAGGUACGGUAUUUAUGUUAGAUUCGGCUCAAAAAAGAGUUCAAACAAAAAAAUAUUUUUUUUUAAUUAUCUUGUGAUGAAAUUAGAUCACUUAUAACGCAUUACAAAUUUAGAGUUCUCCCGCAAUGCAAAUAGUAAAGCGUCACAAGGCGCGGGCCGAUAUAUCGGCUUUAGCACUUCUCGCCAGUGCAACAAAAGCCGAUAUAUCGUUCUUUUCAUUUUGAAAUUAUUUUAAUGGUUGUAACAGCGUUCAGUUUAAAAUAAAUAUUAAGAUUAUAUUCGGAAAUUUAAAUGUUAUUACUCCUUUUUUGUGUGUAAUAUGCAUAUACGAAUGCAACUAUGCCUAAUAUAUAAUGAUAAUGAGUUUCAAAAGAGUCCUUGUCUGAACGCCGUCUAUACAGCUAAUUGUUCUUAUAGAUUUUACAGCUGACAGAUGUCAGCUCACGUUCUGGUUAAAAACUAACUAAGACUUCUUCUUUCGGUAAAGUUAACCAGAACUUAACUGACAAAUGGUUGCUAGCCAGAUAUUGAGAAAACAAUUUUUCAACAUGUAGCCGGUAAAGUUCUGGUUCUGGCUUUACCAUAUAUUGAGAAAACUGCCCUAAAAAAAGUAUAUUUUGGGGUUAGAUGGCAUCACCAUGUUGAUUCCAAGGUAGGGAAACCCGUAUUGGAAAAUUGCUUCCAACACAAUUUUCAUUUUCCAAAAUCGUUUGGAAGGUGAAUGCAAAUGGCGGUUGUUAUUGUGGUCGAAAAUUUUAGUGAACGAAUAUUUUUAUGGAACCGUGUGCGAUUGCAUUAAUUAUUUAAACAAUAAUGGUUAAAUUGUAAAAAGAGUGUUAUAGUAUUGAGGAUAUUAAUAUUGUGAGAAAAUAUGAUUAUCGUAUAAGCGACUUGUCGUUUAGCAAAGUGAUGUUCGUCCAUUCACUCGUUAAUACAUCGGUUCUGCCUUCAUUUGUGUCUAAAAUGUAAAGUUUAUGAGAAUGUGGAAUAUCAGGCAUAGCUCAGAGAAAAACGGCAACCUACGGUCUUUAUAUAAACUCUUAUCAUACUAAAAUUACAAUAACUUACUGACCAAGUGCUGGGCUUAUAUAUAAAAAAGAAAAUAAGAUUUGUAAGCAAUAAGUUAGUGGCAAAAAUUAUAAAGCGAGAACGCAUCAUAGUAAACCCCAUGAAAGUCGGCGCCAUUGAUAAAUGGUGGUGUGGCAAUUCCUUGAUAUUUGUUGGAAGACGUAAACCAACGUAGAGACAGUUAAAAAAUCCAUUAUAAAAAGUUGUAGUCAUAGAAGAAUAUUAUUUACGUGUGUCUUACACUUGGUGUAAAUAAUAGAAUAUUUUCGUAUAUACUUCGGCAUAGAAAAUAAUAUGUACAUACAAAUGUGCUAUAAAAACUUUUGCCUGAUAUAUGCAUGGAUGUGUAAUGCAAUACCCUGCUCCGGUUCCCCUAUAUGGGAUAAUGUUUCAUUUCUUUCAAAAAAAGAACAUGACGUCGCUUGUUUAUAAAUAUAAUGUCUAAUUGGUUUUAACAUAAAUAAUGAAAGUUGAAAUAGUUUACUGUUUUAAAUAAAAACAACAAAUGCCUAGAAAAAAAUUGUGAAUUGCAGCCAUGCAUCAAAAAAGGGAAAAUUUUAUGUUAUUCGUUGUAAAGUUUUGUUCAAAGCAUCUAAUAAUAAUAUUUGAAGUGAUAUACUCAUAAGUGAAAAGAUUUCCGAAUAUAUAAAAAAAAACAAGUUUAACAUUUUACACUUAACAUAAUAAAUGUUAUAUUGCAAUUAUUACUCAAUCUUACUUUUAAACCUCUGCCUAGUGUGAUUCUCGUGUGAUGAUAUGCAACUUAAACAGCAGAUUGAAUCUUGCGUGCGGAUAACAGUGCAAAUCCCGAAGGAUGCGGCUCAACGGUUACGCCAGAUGGCAGCGGAGGGCAAUCCAGCCCUCCAUGCUCUUGGUAUUAUGUCUGUGCAGUUGGAUGGCGAUUCUGUGAUAUCCAUAAAAUUACCCGGACAGGAGAUCAAUUUAAAAACUAUAGAUAAUGACGAGGAAGGUUUAUCGAGCGACACGGGUGAGACGGUGGGCGAUUUUACACAACUGUUGGAUACUGGGGGGAGUGUCGGGUGUCUUAGCGAUCAGUUUAGAAGUGGAACACUUUUGCAAUCACAAAUGCAAUGUCGCAUCCCUGCACAAAACACCAACCUUACUAAUAAAGGAGUACUUACGUCAUCACAAUUACAGCAAAAUCAGCUGGUACAGGAAAGGCGUAAUAUGCUGCUUGGGGGUCCAAGUACAAGCAAUGCAGCGCAAGCUAUUCUACAAAAACAACAACAUCAAAACCAAAACCCAAACCCAAACCUGCAGCGACAGUUAAUUCAAGGCCAACCACUCUUCAAACCGCCAAACACAGUUUGUCCUAUGGAUGGAAAAGUUCCAGUACCACCAAUACCUUCAAAUUUAAAUAGCGGUUCAAAUAAUAGGGAUUAUCCAUUUGUUAGUAUGAGACAAGCUCGUGUUUUACAAGGUCGGGAAAAUGCACUGAAUAAUAGUCUAGUAAAUUCUAAUCAAGUAUUUUCAACAAGUGGUUCACAAUCUUUACAAAUGCCGCAAAAUGGACAAAUAGAACGUACAAGUGGUUUGGUAUCGUGUCCCAAUGUACCGUUAAAAGUUAUAAAAAAUUCUUCCAAUGUGGAUCUUUUGCCUUCAACUACUGUUUUAGCUGGUAAUAAACUACAGUUUUUGCAACCUCCACCACCCCCGUAUCCAGGUAUAGGGACAGUAACAUCAAACGUUACAAACAAACCUCUCGCUCAAAUAAACAAAACAGUUCAAAACUAUUUACAAAAAGGUAUGGGAGGUCCACCAGUGACGACUUUUCCAGUAACUAAUUCUACGACCAAUAAUAAUAAUAUUGCAAUUUCCUCACCGCUGCUUGUGAAUUUAUUACAAAAUGAUGGAAAUACGACGACAAAUCAAGUAAAAUUGUCGCCACAAACUUCAUUGGCGCAACAGCAAACAUCGCCGUUACAAUCCACGAGUCAGCAACAGUUAAAUCAAAGCCAACAUCAACAGUUAUUGAGUUCACCAAUGCGAACGCAAUCAACACCUAACGACACAGUACUAGACCACAAACAAGUUCAACAACAACAACAGACACAAUUGUUACAUUCGGAAAAUACUUUGAUGGGUACAACUUCAGCAAUGGGUGUGUCUUUAUCGACCGGCGUUAAUACGAGCAUGCACUUACAUCAACAACAACCGCAAACAAUCUUGACAAGCCCUGUAAGCAAUUUGUUUGGGCAUCACCAAAUUCAAUCUAACUUUCAGGCGCAGCAUAUUUCAUCUCAACAAAACCAUUUUUUGCGACAACAACGCCAACAACAGUUGCAGGCAGCUGUUGUUUCGAUUCCAGGUACUCCUUCGCAACGUUUAAUGCAACAACAAUCGUUCCAGCAAUCUCAAAUAAUACAUAAUAAUCAGGCAUCUAUGCAAAAUGGUGAUGGUGGAAUAAUGUUAACUAAUUUGCAUCAUCUGCAAUCACCAAAUGUACGGCAAGCGCGUUCCGUAGGUGUAUUGACAGGACACGUUGCUGUGCAGCAAAAAUCGCAACAAACACUUCAGUUUCUUUCUUCCGGUAGUAUGUCACCUGCAGCGUCGCAUUCACCUGCCUCUAGCCACCAUUCAAUGCAUAGUCCGUUAAUGGGCUCACACCAACAGCAAAUGUUGUCGCCCUCUACAACGCCAGUGCAAUCUCCACACCCGCAUACGCCACAUGCACAUAAGCAUAUUAGUCAACAGCAAUCGCAUCAGUUGCAACUACAGCAGCAACAUAAUCAAUUACAACAUCAGACGGCGAUGAUUUUACCCCCAGCAUUAUCGCCGUCAUCUAAAAGUGUUAAUAUUCAUCACAACUCACAAGUACCUUUAGCAUCAUCUUUAUCCUCAGCGAGAUCCAGUACUGGUAGCAGUGCCUCUUUGACAAAUACAAUACCUCCACCACCUGAUUAUAAUCAGACAGCUAGUGCGACAACAGGCUGGCCUGUAAGUAACAAAAUGAUGGAUUCUGAAACUAAGAGUAGUUUCCAGGAGUUUGCUCGUUACCAAAUGCAAUACAACUUACAGCAACAACAAAUGAAUACUAAUCAUCAAUCGCAGUCAAAUAAGGAAGAUUUGCAAAAACAGCAAUUUAACAAUCAUUCAUCCAGUCAGGUAGGGAAUACAAUUGGAAGAUUGGUGGGAGAAUCUUCGAUGGAUAAUGUUGCACCUAAUGCAUUAUCAGAUCCUUUAAUAACUCUAUCAGAUUUUGAAGCUUUAACAACAAAUGAUCUUGAUGCUUUGCUACCAACAUUAAACUGUGAUUUGGAUUCAACUCUUAGUUUGGAUGAUAAAAAUGAAUUGGAAUCACUUUUGCAAGAUGCGAAAGAUCUAGACUUGGAUCUAAUUGAGGAAAAUUUAUCUGCUGUAGGAGUAGAUAUUGAUGAGACAGCGGCUGCAGCAUCAUCGCUUUUAAAUGCAGAAGCCGGACACGUCCCACUUGGCGUUAAUCCAAUGCACUUUGAACAAAAUGGGCAAAUAUCACAAAACAUACAAAAUCAUAUGGUUGAUGGCACCAUAGUGGCCACUAAACAAAAUCAGUUGCAAGUGCAACUAAAUAAUAUUCUAUCACGGGAUCAAGUUAUGCAAAAUCGAUAUAAACCGGAAGACAAUGUGUUUAUGCAAAAUAAUCAAUCUAAUCAGAAAUUGCAGCUACCCCAUAAUACAUAUUCCCCUUCUAUACAACCUGCGCAACAUUCAAAUUUUCAAGAGGAGCCUGCGCUUCACCGAAGUAACGCAAGGGAUGGAGCGGAGGACUUCUCUAUUCAGAAGCAAUUUUUAAUAAAUCCUCUGACCGGUGAAAUGGAACCAAUGCAAAGUGAUGACAGUGAAACAGAGGCAGAACAGGAAACUCAGCAAACUAAUUCUAUGUCAAAAAUAUCUCGUGCAGUGUCGUCAUUAAUUGAAAGUUUUAGUUGUAAUCAAUCUAUCGAAGGUUUACCCAAUUCUCUGUUGAAUGAUUCAAAUUUAUGUGGAACCUCUGUGUCAAAACCUUCAGACAGUGAACAAAAUAACCGAAUCAUACCUGGAGUAGGAAGUGAUACAGAACGCUCACCUGAUUCGUUACUUUUCAACAAAUCGAAUCGAAGCAUUAAACAAGCUCAACGAGAUGGCACUCAUGUGCUCAACAAAUCAGUUAUUUCUCUUAACAAUGUUACUGACUUUUGUACGAUUAAAUCACCGAAUGCAAUUUUUACCACUGGAACGACAUCGUCGGCUACUCUUAAAAAAAAAUCAAAGUCAACAACGCUACGAGAAAAGCAACAGAAUAACUUAAAGGAAAAAAAGCAAGAUGCAAACACCACUUCUGGAGUGACAAAACUUAAAAGAACAAAAGCAAAUGCCAAAUCGAAGACGGUUACUGCAUUGCCAUCUAGUAAUACAAUACCUUCUACUACGUUAUCGGAAUCUGCAUCCAUAUUGGCAACUCAACGAACAUCAGCAGUGUGUAUUAAUAAUGAGAAAAUAAAAUUACGCUUAAAAUUGGAAAAGAAGGAACCGGUAUCUCCUGCCUAUAAAGUAGAUAUUUCAUUUGUACCUUCACCACCACUUUCAGCAUCGGAAACGCCAGUGUCGAGCACGUUAAACGUACCAACUAAAAGUAAUAAUAGUGUUCUACUUAACAAGAAUAUAAACCAAAAUACCACAGUUUUAUCGGUUUCUUCUCAACAGCUACAGAAUCCGCAAGAUAAUUCUUCUGUUGUACAACACCAAACGAUUGAUUUCACAAAUUUUAAGCCUCCGCAAAUAGCUGUAAAUGUUACUCCGAAUUGUUCAACUGAUGAACCACGAGUACCCCCAUUACACAUCAGUUUAAGGGGUGGCAAAAAUUCAAUUGUGAUUAAAAGUAGUCGAAAAGACCGUAAGAAACCACAGAGUUUGCCAAAUACGUCGUCAGUUGUAUCGAGUGAAGAUGGUGAAGAUGUUGGUUCUAAGCAUAUACCUAAUAAACAGUCACAAAUGUCAGAUGUGUGUACAGAGAUUAGGACUCAAGAGAAAAUGCAGCAUUUGUAUAUUUCCCCAAACCCUACAUCAUCAGUCUUUAACUGUAGUGGAAGCGGCAACAAUUCCGUCACACUAAUGACAUCAGCACGUUUACCAACAUUCCCGAUUUCGAGUGAUGAUCUUUCAUCGUCAGCAACGUCAACGACAACGCCUUCCUUCUUGGGUAACAAGAAUGGACUCACAAUAAGUGCAAUUAAAUCGCUUGAUACAAAGAGCGGUAGUAGCUUAAAUGACAAUAAAAAUAUAAUAAUUGGUUCGACUAAUGUAGGUACAUUACCGUUUCCACCACAAUUGAUGCAUCAAUCACAAUAUCAAAAACAUACGUCCCAUCAACUGUCACAAACUUGUAAAGAUCCAUCAAGCUUACCUGGUACCAUAACUAAUACGUUAUCUAACAAUAAUAUAGUAACUUGCUCCAGUGAUAAUUCUGUAAAUAUACCAAAUCGUGUGAUAAAUACAAUGAAUUUAAAGACACCAGCCACAAUUACACCUAUUGGUAUGGGUGGAGGUAAACCACUGACAAAAAAUCACAAACCACCGUCUUACAUAACAGCUGUUCAUCAACUUCAACUUCAAAAGCAUCAACAAAAACAGUUGCAGAAGCAAGCGAAAUUUGGAGCUCUUAAUGAAAGUCAAUCAGCACAGGAAACAAUUGUAGCAGUAGCAACUAUGCUGCCAAGUGCAACAACCCUAAAACGAGUUACAAUACCAAAAUCUUCAGUAGAACAAGAUGAUCUAGUUGAUAAAUCAGAAAGUGUUACUUUUAAAGCUGAAAGCAUUGUGAAAACAGAAGUCAAAAUAUCUCAUUCAAAUUUACCAACAACCAAGAACCAAUCGCAUGAAGCUGUGCAAGGUGAAUCUGUUCCAGUUAUUCAAAUACCUGUAACCAAUGGAACCGUAAGUGUAAAUAACGUUGUUGUAUCAGGUCAUCAAGGAAAUGCAGUUGGUACUUCACCACCUGCUCUAAUUAAUGUAACGCUUCGUAACUCGCCGGCAAGUAACGGAAGUGGUACCCCUGGUCAUGGUAAUGGAAAUGGAACAGGCGAGGAUAGUGGUAUUGAGUCUAUGGAUGCGUUAUCAGAAAAAAGUCCUCAUCAACAAUCGUCUAGUAGUCCAACUCAACAGCAGAUAAACAGCGGUAGUGUUGGGAGUACAAGCAAUGAAAAAUCAGCAGCAACAUCUAGUGACGGAAAAAAUUCUUUGAAAAACAAUAUAUCGAAAGAAAAAGUAGAUCAUACCAAAAAUAUAAAUGAGAAAAAUAAACUCGAAUUAAACUUAAAACCACAAAGAAAAGAUAAUUUGUUGGAUUAUACAGAUGACGAAAUUGAAAAGGCUUUGGCCAGAAUGGAAGGAUUUCAUGAAGAUUAUUUGGAAGUUAACUCAAAUGCAUCAACUAUUGUUAGCACAGUUGAACAAAUGCCUUCUGAAUCAAUUGUAAUCACAAAAAACGCGAUAUCUCCUUCCAAAAUCAAAGGUACAAUAAAUGGAGCGUUAUUAGAACAUAUUACCGAAACUUCAACAGAUAAUAAUGAAAAUGAAUUAUCGGAACAAAUAAUUGAAUCCCUUACCCCUAAAGAAAAGAACUCUUCACAAUAUACAGAAAGAAAUAUUGUAUUAGAUGAUAAAUAUAAAUCGGAGAUUAGUGUAGAAAAACCAAUUUGUUCCAGGAAACUUAAUGUGAAGGCCAGUGAAAACCUGUCAAUAGAUGAUGGAGGCAAGACAAUAUUUGAAGCUAAAAAACAAGGGGAUGAAUCAAAUAUUUAUUCACAACGUUCGGAUUCUAUUUACCCUCCUAUAUCUAUUGAAAUUCCAACGCAAAGCGAAACGGAAUGUAAUCGAAUUCGCACUCGUGCUAGUAGUCGAUUGGAAAGUCCCGUGGAUAUAAAUAAAUCAAGUCCAACAUCGAAUGAAUCAAAUGCAAAUUCUUCUGUAGUCACUGGCAUCAAACAACUUAAUACAACGCGAGCGUCUUCAAUUGGUAGUGUCAGCCCACAAUUAAGUGUGACAAUUUCUGGUAGUGAAACUCAGUUUGGUGUAGGGAAUAAGCGUAAGCGUCAAGAAUCUGAUACUAGUGCUAAUAACUCUCAACUCAAUGAAUGUACUGAACAAAAGCGUUUACGGACAGGCAGUAUAAGUAGCGCUACAAGCAAUGUUGCUGUUGAUGAUAAUGUGAGGAAUAUGAAUGAUUUAUCUUCAGCAAAUGAUGUGCAGGAUGUCUCAAAAAUCAGCUGUAGCAGAAAAUGUGAGGAAUCUUCUGACUCUGAUGAACCAUUGAUCGAAGUGGCAGAAAAAGUAAGAAAUUCAAAGGCCGGCAAUGUUGCCAACUUUAACAAUACUGAAGCAGCUAUUCAGGCAACGCUGGUAAAUUUAGCAGCGUCAGGAAAAAUGGAGUUUUGCAAUACAUCCAGUUUAGAUAAAAAUACUCGCAAUAGUCGAACCAUAAUACAUCCAAGUAAAACCUCUUUUGCUGUCAACACAAUUGGAAAUGUACAAAGCGAGUCCUCCCCUAUUAGUCAAAUAAAAUGUGCGACAUCUUCGUUAACAAUUGGAUCAAUAAAAAAUAGCAAUGGUACGACUAACACCUCAGCUUCAGGAGACUCAAAUACGAAUGAUAACAAUGUUUCCACGGGUAUUUCGGCCAUAACUAAUUUGCAUUAUACUCGUGGCAAUACAAAUUCUAAUCAUGCAUUUGCUGGUGGGGAAAGAAUAAAUAAUAAUAACAACAUUAGUGAGGAGAAAAUUGGAACCCGACGUAGUGUUCGCACCAAUGCAGGUAUACAUAAAAAUGUAUAUGGGCGCUCAAGCAGUUCCGUAGUGCCAUCAACGACGUUGUCUGCCCAAAACACAGAUCAAGCAAAAGCUAUAUUGUCGAAAACAGUCGGUGUACAUACAAGUGAAAAUAUGAGUAUCGUUGAAGCUCGGAGGAAAACGAGGAGCGCAGUUAUUGGAGAGGCACAGUUAACUGAAGGAAGAAGAAGACGAAACUCUCGCGAUUAUAAGUGACCAUUGUCUUGCGCCUCGGCUACUAAUUUAAAUGUAUGUGACGAUGGCGAUAUGGAACUAAGCGAAUUUGGAGUUGAAGAACUAGAAAGCAAAAAUUUGUUUUUAUUGACCGAGACGCAGGAUGAAUUCUCAAUGUAUGCUUUAGCUGAUGACGGUAAAAAAAAUGUUGACUUCAAACAUGAAAGUGACCGAAAAAAUCCGUUUGUUACUGAAGGUGCAGAUACCAACGAAUACUUAAGCGCUUUUAGUGUGAAUAAGGAAAUGAACUGUAAAAACUCACGGAAAUCAACCUCGAGUACAGAAGUUAUUGGAGAAAUAGCAGAUUUAGAAUCCAUGGGACGUGAACAUAUAAUGUUUUAUAAUAGCAGAUUGGGUUCAGAAGUUAAAAACGAUUUGCUAUCAGAAAUUUCACCUGUAAAUCCAUUAAAUUGUAGUAGUUUUUCAGAUUAUAAUGAAUUUAAUUUGUGCCUGAACAAUAUACUAAGUUAUGACGGGGAUGAAGUUAUUCAAGAACUGUUAUCACCAAGAGCGAAAAUUUCGGCAGAUAACGUAAUUCGCUCAGGCGGAGUAGGUUGUUCAUCCAGUACGAAACUUCUAAGAAAUAUCAAAGAAGAAGAUUGGGGUCAGCAUCUUAUUCCGGAAAGUGAGGACCAGCUACAUAACAUUUUUGACAUAGUUCAUUUGAAUGAAGGCAUGGACCUACACUCCUACCAAGCAGACACUCAAAUACAACCACAUGCAAUUGGGAUUGAGAGUGGAUUACAUAUUGUAGUAACAGGAUUGGGAAAAGAUGAAAAUGAUCAAGAACGACCAGUUACAUAAAAUGGAUUUGAUAAUUACAAAUAUCACAUUCAUUGACAUGGGAGUAAACGUCGUUGUGACAAUGAACUCAUUAAAAGUCAUAUGUAAAUAUUUUUAGUUAUUUAUAACGAGAAUGCUAUUUGAAGAUAGUAAACUCGACUGUAUGUAUUUAUGGACAGUUAUUACUAAAAUUUUAGUAAUAAAUAAAAGAAAAACAACACAUUUUAUCAAAUUGCAAAAAAUACUUAAAGGAAACAAAAAAUAGGUCGUCAUUGAGAUAAAUUGCUGUCAGUUUCAAAAAUAUCAAAAGCCUUUUCAUAGUUGAUGCAUUUGAAUUUAUCAAUUGGAAUAUUUUUGGUAUUAUUGCGAGUAGAAUUUCUAGUCAAGAGGCUUAGAGAAAAUUAAGGCAAAUAAACUGUAAUUGAAUAAUAUAAAUUGAAAUUAAUAAAACAUCAUCAUUUUCUUUUUUAUAAAUAUCUCUCUAGGAUUGUACACAUUUAUUUUUUGUGCAUUGAUUAAAGUUAUACGAUAUCAUUAGCAAAUGAAUACUUGUCAAAAUCGUAAUUAUUUCAUUCGCAAAACAUUACCUCCUUUUUCUUUAUCAAUUUUGCCAUUACCAAAACUAUCUUUUAAUUUGAUUAUAUUUACUGAUAUCAAGAUCAUUAUUAAAAAAAUGUGGAUGGAAUUCUUUUAAAAAUAUGGCGGAACAAUGCUUUAUCAACAAUGUGAUGUCUUAUUUUUUUUUUGCAUAUCAAUGAAAUUUAUGUAUUUAGGAUUACUUUAAUUAGUUGUUCAAGUCGAUUAAAUGGUACAUUGUAUACCAUAAAUUAAAAAUAUUUGGACAGUAAUAUUAUUCUUUCAUACAAUAUGUGUCGAUGUUUUUACAAAGUUGUGAAAUGAAAUUGAUAUUUGUUUAUUUGAACUUAUUGUAUACUUCGAUUUUUUUUUACUUGUACUAAAUGUUGCCUAUUCAGUUAUUUGAUUUUUUUUUUAUAAAGUGAGACCACUUUAACGCAAACAACUAAGAAAAACAAUUCCUUCUAUCAAAUGUGUUUAAUAAAAUGUUUGCAAUAUAUUGUAAAAUUUUGAACAGGUAUGUACAUAAGUUAUUAUAAAAAUACUUGCUAUAUUAUUUUAUUAUUGAAAGUAAGCUUAAAGUAUCUAAAAUAUAUUUCUAAACGUAAAAAUAAUUUAUUACUUAAGCGUUUUAAUUUAACAAACGAUAGUUGGUAGUGAUUACUGAAAGGAGGAAUUGUCAAACCAAAACUAAGUAAAAAAAAAACAAUACAAAUAAACAUAAAGAGUUAGUUGAAACGCAA